CAACCACUUCUGUCACCUCCUUCUCCUUGCGAACCAGGUGCGGCGCCAGGCUCCAGACAUGUCCUGCUCUGAGAAGUGCCAGCAGUGCCAGCCCUGCAACCCUUGCAGCCAGUCCUGCGGCCCCUGCCCGCUGGCCAGCAGCUGCAAUGAGUGCUGUGUCAGGCAGUGCCAGAGCUCCCACGUUGUCAUUGAGCCGCCUGCUGUGCUGGUGACCCUGCCCGGCCCCAUCCUCAGCUCCUUCCCACAGAACACCGCCGUGGGAUCCUCCACCUCCGCUGCUGUUGGCAGCAUCCUCAGCUCUGAGGGAGUGCCCAUCAGCUCCGGGGGCUUUGACAUCUCCUGCAUCACCAACUGCUACGGUGGCAGCAGAUGUUGUCGUCCCUGCUAAAAAUGCUGCUGCCGACAUCCUUAGGCAAGAACCUCCAAGACAUCAGAACAUGCUGCUGGAAUGAAGUCAGAACUUAAGACAUUGGAUUUAGAGCUUCAGACUGGUGUUUCCUUCUUCUUCUUCUCCUGCUCUCAUUUCUCUCUUCCCUUCCUUUCCUG